CUUUUCGGCCAUGCCACAAUGGUGAUCGUCCUGCUCUGGGUGUUGCUGGGCUUCCUGGAUCCCAGCUGGCAGGAGGUCUCCCCGACCCUGGCUCCGAUGGCCAGGGAGCAGUGCGUCAGGGGCCAGGCGUGCGACCCCCGGCACAAGAGAGACGCUGGAGGACGCGGCGGCGUGUACGAGCACCUCGGGGGCGCGCCCAGACGCAGGAAGCUCUACUGCGCGACUAAGUAUCACCUGCAGAUACACCCGAACGGGAGGAUAGAUGGAUCUCUGGAAGAGAACAGCCCCUUCAGUAUAUUGGAAAUCACAGCCGUUGACGUUGGAGUGGUGGCUAUAAAAGGUCUUUUUUCAGGCAGAUAUCUGGCUAUGAACAAAAAAGGACGUCUUUAUGCUUCAGAUGUCUUUAAACCGGAAUGCGAAUUUGUGGAGCGGAUCCAUGAACUGGGUUAUAACACCUAUGCCUCACGGCACUACAGAACAGCACCCCCAUCCCCAAGGUCCAAUAGGAGGAGAGCUAGUGCAGAAAGACUGUGGUACGUGUCCAUCAACGGGAAAGGCCGACCCAGGAGAGGUUUCAAGACUCGCAGAACAGAGAAGGCGUCUCUCUUUCUGCCCAGAGUCCUGGCAAACAAGGACCAUGAGAUGGUGCACCUUUUCCACACCAGUCAUCUCUACCGGGAAAAGGUCCUGAAAGCCAUAGGGCAGGCAGAAAGGAGAAGGCAAAAGCACAGUACAUCUGGGGUUAAAUCUACAGGGUCUGUGGACUGA